GAGCGCUAGACGAAAUAAAGUGGCAAUGGGAUUUAAUUUUUAAAACCCAUAUCGACAUACUUGUUGAUCAUGGCGGAUCCUACUCUGAGUAUGAAAAUAUAUAUUACGAGAAGCAAGCUAUAUGUAGGCGCCAAAAGAGAAAGAUAUAUCUCAAAUUACAUUCUUUAGAAACGCAUAUGGAUUCACCGGUACUUUAUUCAUAUAAUUCAGAAAAUUUCUUAUAUGCCUUGGAAACAGGUAAUAAUCAAACCUGGAAAGAUUCAAUUGCAAAACAACAGCGACCUUCAUCAAAUUUUAGCAUCAGCAAAAAUUCGCUGUCAACGCAUUUCGAUACACAAGGUCAAGGAAAUGCAAAUUUAAAUUAUAAUUCUACGCAAGCAGAGCAAUCAUUUCAAUAUAAAUCGGACAAGAAAAUCUCUUCGUCUUCGGCAAUGGUGGAAGGUUUAGCAGAAAGUGGUAACAAUCAGCAGAUACCAUCAGGCAUAGCAAUGAUGCCAAUACAGAAGACCACUGAUGUGCAGCAGGAAACAUCGAUAGUGGCAUUGGCGGAAGCAGUGGCAGCCAGUCUCGGAGUGGACUCCAAAGAGCCCACCCGGUACCGGACUCCGAUAGGUCUUAGUGUUAAUCACAGUAUACAUGCAGAUACUUAUCAAUGCGGAGAAUUAUCCAAAUUGGCAGAAAGCGGAGCACAGUCGUUAACUGACUACAGCACGGAGCAACAUAGCAUCAGCUCCGGGGUAGGAGAGACUCUACGCCAUAGUACAGAUCAUCAAACGCAACUUGGUUGUGAAGUGAGCGGAGAAGAUAAAUCACAUCGUGUUAACGUGGGUAUCAAAAGCAUGAAAUGCCUACAAGACAAGCAAGAAACAGAAGAUAAAGAAAUCUUGUCUUCAUCCAUUUCUUAUAAGAAGAAUAAAAACUUAAAUAGCAGCUUAGUAUUGUCUAAGCCUUUGUUAGAAGCACCGAUUCAAUUGUAUACGGAACCCUAUUUGCAACGCAACUUAACACAAGGGUCCGACGUAGUUGUAAGAAACAAAAGCAUUAUAACUAGAAAGAGUUAUGGCAAAUUUUCGCAAGGAUCAGAAAAGGUUACACGCAAAUUAAAUGGUUUGCCUAUCAAGAAAGGCAAGAAAUAUAAGCAAAAAGCUUUCGUGAAAAUGCAGGAAUUUCGAAGAAGAAAAAAUGGAGUUAAGAAUAGAAAGGAAUUUACAGGAAGGUCAAAAGGAAAGGUCAGAAAGAGUGGUUAUAUCUUUCGUAAAAGGGGAAGAUUGCGAAACGUUAUCGUUCCGCACUAUAGCAGGCUCACCGAUUCAGGAUUUAGUAAAAAUAACAUACAGCAAACUUAUUCGGAUAUGCAUUCCUAUGAGUCAAAUAUGAGUAAUCAGAGGAAGAGAAAGAAAAGCACUAUAUAUAAAAUAAUACUUAAAAUUCCUUUAAGCAUACAAACCAGAGACUAUGUUUCGUAUGUUCAGUUCCAUUUAUGUAUAACAUACAUUGUCGAAACUUUAUAUUAAAUUAUACAUACAUCAAUUUACAUAAAUCAUUUUAAACGUGAAAAACGAUUAAUAGUAUAAUAUCAUAAACAAUGAAUGGAAUGCCAGUUAAGCAAAAUAUCAUAUGUUAGCAAGUGGAAUGACCUACUGUGAAAGACGUCAACUACAAAUAAUAUUAUGCAAGAUAUCAAAUUACCGAGGUACGGUUGCAUUUUACAACAAUUAUUUUUAACCUAGAUCAUGGUUGCAUUCACCAAACCUGUAAUAUAUUUUGUAUGCUCAUGAUAGUUCUCGGAAUGUGCUCAAGACAGGUAGUGGAUAGGAUAUUACAAUCAUAUAAAGUUCAGGAGACGUCACGGAGCAGUAGGUGCAGCAUCGGCAGAAUCAGCAGCCGGUCUCGCAGUGGCCUCAGGAGAAGCCACCCGGGACCGGACUCCGGUUAGGUAGUGCAAGGGCCCAUGAGCUAUGGGACCUAGUGUUAGUGAUAGUGCUGUGAUUAAAAGUAUUAGCGUAAGCCUAGAGACUGUUAAGCAUAUAAUGAAAUCAUCUUGUAAAGCACUACAUAUUCAUCUUGCACUUUUGCCUGGGGGAGUAUGUACGAGCCAAGGCUGUACAUUUUACUCGCUCAGGCUUCCUUAUUUUAUAAGCUUAAUUAUUCCCUAUGUAAGUACGUGCCAGGGCUCGUACAUUCCGAUCAUCUACAACCGUGAUGUUUUUAUAAGUACGUGCCAGGGCUCGUACAUUCCAAUCAUCCACGAGCGUGAUGUUUUUAUUAUGUAAGUACGUGCUCUGGCUGUACAGUUUGAUCAUUUAUAAGCAUGACGAUUUCCUACAAUCGUCGGAGUCACGCCCCGAGAGUAUAGCCCGACGCAGGCACUCUCUUCGACUGUUACAGCAGUCAUUCGUAAUUAACUAAAUCGUUGGAGUUUCACCCCGGGAGCAUAGCCAGACGUAGGCACUCUCUCUGUUUGUUAGAUUGCACUUAUUAUAUAGCAAUUAACAUAAUAGUUAUUAUUCCGCUCAUAUUCUAUUGUAUAACGCGAGUGAUAAAUAUAGAGUAAGUUCAAAUUAUUCUAUUAUCUCCAACCCUCGACGACCCAGGAACCG